AUGAAGAGUUCAACAUCAAUCGCACUCACCCUCGCAGGGCUGGUCUCUGUCUCUGCCAAUCCCAUUGUUAGAUCGAGUAAAUGGAAGAGAGCAGAUCUACAAGGAUUAGAUUAUGAGAUUAUCAACCUCGCUCGUAACCUCGAAUCACUCGAAUUGAAUUACUGGAAUCAAGGAUUAAAGAAUUUCACUGAGUCCGAUUUCGAUAAUGCCGGAUAUAAAGGUUUCAGACAAUAUCUUGAACUUUUCAGAGAUCAAGAGAUUGCUCAUUUCACUGUACUCAACGAAGCUGCAGGUGAAGGAUUCGAAAAUUGCACUUACACUUUCCCAGUGACUACCCCAUAUGAUCUCCUCUCGGUAGGUCAGGUGGUCACCACUGUAGGUGAAGGUGCUUUUAUCGGCGGUAUCGCCAACUUGACCGAUAGCCCUGCAAGACAAACUGGAGGUACCAUCUUAGGUCUCGACUUUUUCAAUGCCGUCAACUUUGACACACCCUUGACUGCCUCUCAAGCGUACUCAUUAGCCGCCCCUUUCUUAAACUGUCCCUCGUCCAACCCACCUAUCAAAUUCCACAAGAUCCCUCCUCUCAUGGCCAAUUUCACUAGUGGUUCCACCCCUCAUUCUCCGGGGGACGAGAUCUCUAUCAUGUGGGAUUCGUCUUCCGUCUAUCUAGGUAACGAUGUGCAUAUCACUUUCUUAGGUGAUGUUUACUCGAUCCCUCAACCACUCAACCAAAAUGGUGAUGGAUCCGGUACGACCACUUUACCAAAGGGUAUCAACGGUACUUCCAUCUUGGUAGCUACCAAUUUCGAAGGUGGUGGACCUAUUCCGGAUGAACAGAACUUCGCUAUUGGUUAUGUCGUUGUCGCCUAA